GACCACACGAGCCAGAAGAAGAAGCUCAACAAGACGUCCGCCUGAGUUCGUUUCCGUGCCUGAACGUCAACCUCAUGUCCCGACACGCAGCCCUGAGCAGCCUCUUUGGCGAUGACCCCUUCUUCAGCCAGGGAGGGCUCCUGUGGCCCCUUUCCUCCCUACGGCAGGACCUCCUCAACCGCAAAGUCGAUCUGACCGACACGUUCUUCAAGGAUGGAUCUCGACUCUUCAAUUCACCCCUCAUGUCGUCCAAUUUCCUCAGAAUGGGUGACCGAGACGAAGCCGAAGAAGAGGAAACGCAACAUCAAGUCAGGCAGAAUCAGGUCGGGCAGAGCUCGCCACACGAUGACCUCCUGGUGACCCUGGACGCCCGCGGCUACGCCCCCGGCGACAUCAGCGUCAAAUUAGAAGGACGCAGCCUGCUGGUGAUGGCCGCCAAGCAGGCGGGCGCUCAGGAAGCUCACUCCUGCUCCUCUCCCUCCUCCCAAGCCUCCUUCGCCUCCUCGGCGGCCUCGCAGGUGGGCUUCAAGCAGAGGAUCCACCUGUCGCCUCACCUGGACCUGUCUGGACUGUCCUGCUCCCUCAUGGAGGAUGGACAGCUGCGGAUCCAUGCUCCCGUGGCUCGGCAGGCGAUCGCGGCGGGGUCCAGUGAGCCAAUCGCGGAGGAGCGCGGCGAGCAUGUCGCGGAGGAGCGCAAAGAGCCGGUCGCGGAGGAGCGCAAAGAGCCAAUCGCAGAGGAUAAAGAAGAGGCGCCCCCUCUCUUCAGGACUUCCCUGGAAUUCCCCAUCACAAAGGAGGAGACUGAGGCUCAACAUACACACUAGCGCACCCGGUUACACCUCCAACUCAAAACAUAAUUUUCGUUGCGCUACACUUGUUUUGCAUGUUUUUUAGUACUUUAUGACACGCAAGUCUUCAUUCAAGACUUCAUCGAGAGACAUUCUGUCAUUGGCAACGUGCUUUUUCUCCUGUCUGUUAUGUUCUGAUGUACAGUGCAACAAUUUCUCGUAGAGGGUACCAGAGCAUGAAAUUUCUUUUAAUUCUCAAAGUUUCAUUUUCAUUGAGAGGAAAUGAGUAGAGGGCGUACUGAGCCUCACCCAAAAUAAGUGGAAUGCCACCAAGCCGCGUCCCCAGUCAAGAUAAGAGGUACAGAAAAUGGAUGGCAGAUAGUUUCUUUUGCCAUGUACUCAAAAUGUUUUUCAAGUCACAGAUGUUUAAUUUUUUUUUUUUUUUUUAUGUUUAGUAUGGUCUUAUAUUUCACAGUAGAUUUCAAACUGGGCUCACCAGGGGGCUCUUGAGCCAUUUUAUGUUUGU